GAAAGGCUGCAGCCGUCUCUCUCUCUCUCUCUCUCCCCAUCUUUCAUUGUGGAUAGCUGGUUGCGUCCUUCGUUCGUUUCCGAAGGUGAAUUUUGCUCUUUGUUGCUCCAGACCUUUAUUAUUUAGGGGUGGGGGGAGGAUAUUUUAAAGUAGACAAUUAGCAUGCGCUCGUGCGAAUGCUCAUUAAACAUCACGGGCUGUAAAACUGGAACUUGGUCGGUUUUUCUCAAGAAAGCACACAGACAUAUUUAACAAUCUAUUAUUGGAGAACCGAAGGAGGGAUGGAACUACUCGUUCAAAGAAGCAAAAAUGUCUGAGAUCCUUCUUCAACUUUUUCAAGUCAGGCAUUCUAAGGACAAAAGGUGGCAAAGCAAACCGCCCUUCAGAUGGACACGCGUGUUUUUGCUGGUGUUCUUGAUUUGCGAUUUUCUCGACUUUUCCUUAACUGCCAGCGUGACAGGAGCCACGGCUGAGCACGAAGGGUUUUGUCCCAACAAGCUCAACAACAAUCUUUGGGUUGAUGCACAGAGCACCUGCGAGAGGGAAUGCAGCUUGGAUGAGGACUGCGCUGAACACGAGAAAUGUUGCACCAAUGUCUGCGGCCUCAACAGUUGUGUUUCUGCACGUUUCUCCGACGGCACGCCUGCUCAGCCAGAUGGUAAGGAAGGAGGAGGCAACGGAGACGCUGCCCCUGCCUCCACGGUUACCUGUGAGGGCUUCAUCUGCAGCCAGCAGGGGGCAACCUGUGACAUUUGGGAUGGACAACCUAUCUGCAAAUGCCAGGACCGCUGUGAGAAAGAACCCUAUUUCACCUGUGCGUCAGACGGCCUCACCUACUUCAACCGCUGUUACAUGGAUGCAGAAGCCUGUAUCCGGGGAGUGACUUUGACUGUGAUUCCUUGCCGCUUCUACCUCGCUGGUCCUCACACCAGUCCGUUGCCUCUUGAUACUACAGCUUCUCCAACCCCAACAUCCUCCCAGGAGGACCCCAUGCCCCCCACACUGUAUUCAAACCCUCACCACCAGUCAAUCUACGUUGGGGGCACCGUUAGCUUCCACUGUGACGUGAUUGGAGUCCCCAGACCAGACGUGACCUGGGAAAAGCAGAGUGAAAGACGUGAGCGACUAGUCAUGAGGCCGGACCAGAUGUAUGGCAAUGUAGUCAUCACAAACAUUGGUCAGCUAGUUGUUUACAAUGCCCAGGUCUGGGAUACAGGCAUAUACACAUGCAUUGCAAGAAACUCCGUAGGAGUUCUCCAAGCGGAUUACCCGUUGUCUGUUAUUCGCCGAGCUGAUGAUGACUUUUCCGAAGAUCCCGAGUUGCUUAUGGGACGGCCGUUUUCUCCAGCCGAUUGCCUUGCUGAAGUCGACACUAGAGUGUGCAGUGGGGAGCGUCACGUGGACUGGUAUUAUGACAGCAAGCUGGGCUCCUGCGUGACCUUCAGCAGUGGUGGGUGCGAUGACAGUCGCAACCGUUUUGAGACGUACGAGGAGUGCAAAGCGUCCUGUCAGAGAGAGGGGAUGGGAAUCUGCUCCCUGCCGGCGGUUCAGGGUCCCUGCAAAAACUGGGAGGCACGUUGGGCCUGGAAUUCCUUAAUGAAACAAUGCCAGCCCUUUGCCUACGGAGGAUGCCAGGGAAACGCAAAUAGCUUUGCCACCAAAAAGGAGUGCGAGGCAAACUGCCCACAGCCCAAACGGAAACCGUGCAGAACUUGUCGGAUGAGGGGGAAAAUGAUGCCCACCCUGUGCCGCAGCGACUUCGCCAUCGUCGGCCGGCUGACGGAGCUCAUCGAGGACCUCGACUCCGGUUUGGCUCACUUUAGUCUGGACGAAGUCCUAAGGGACGAAAAGAUGGGCUUGACUUUCUUCAACACCAAAAACCUAGAGGUGACCAUAGUCAAGAUUGACUGGAGCUGUCCCUGUCCCAACAUUACCAUGGAGGAGAACCCCUUACUGGUGAUGGGAAUGGUGCAGGACGGCAUGGCCAUCAUCCAGCCGGACAGCUACGUCAAAGCCAUACCAGAACGCAGGCUCCGCAGGCUUCGUGAUGCCAUCAAUAAAAACACAUGUGAAACACUGUGAAGCUUGCUGGGACACAAUGGUACGUUUAAUUAUUUUCACAAAUAAGUGACUACAGCCAUUUUAUUUAAGUAAGGAAGAUCAGUUGUUUACAUUCAGUCCAACAGAGGUUUUUAUGACAUUUAAGAUAUUGUGAGAAUUUAUACAGAACUAAAAUGCUAUUUUAUGACUCAUGUUGUAAUUUCUAAUGGCAAAUGAAAAAAAAUAAUCAGCUAAAAUAGCUGCCAACCAAAUUAAUCAUGAUGAGUUAAAUCCAUUAAGUAAUAUUUAAAAUAGAUCACUGUUGUAUAAGACUGUACUUUAUUUUAUGUGUGCUCUUAAAAACUUUUUGUGUGUAUUGCCCCUCUAGUCAUGUACUGUAUAUUCUAGGUCAUCUACCUCUAAGAAGCACUUAUGCUUAGUUACUAACAUUUGUCUUUCCUAGGAUGAUAAAAAUAAACUUUCAUGUCAGUGUU